CAUCAGCUGACCGCCUCAGCCCUACAGGAAGUCGGUUGGCUGAUUCAACAUGGCUGCUGUCUGAGGAUAGAGGAGGAGUAGUCCAGGCUAUGAAACAGUCCGGUUUCUGACUCGGUUCCCUGUGUUAGCUGCUGUCAACGCUGCUCCGACAUGGCCCAGUGUGUUCAGUCUGUGCAGGAGUUCGUCCAGGACUCGUUUGUCCCUAUGGUGGCCGUCUUGUGUAGUGAAGAAGCGGAGAGAGUGACUCGCAAGAACAACCUGAGUUUCGCUGAGCUGCUGCGGCCUUUCUGCAGACUAACGUCCGAAGGCCAUAUCCGGGACCCCAAUAACCAGGUGCAGGUUGUGAAAAAUCUGCGCAUCUGUGUGAACAACGUGGUGACGAACCUCAACUCACCAUCUACCUUCAGCCCCGCCCAGCGCCGCGUGCUCAAUGAAGUGGUGUUAUCCUGCCAGCCACAAGAGGGCGCUGCCACCAACGUGAUCACAGCGGGAGACUACGACCUCAACUUCAGCGAUCACUCUCUUAAAGCUAGCCUCCCCUGGUACAGUGCCUGGAGAGAAACACUGUCGGAAGUCAGCACCUCCCAGCACUACACAGCGACCACGCCAUGGUUUGAAGCCUACAGGGAGAACUUCCUGCAGUCGAUGCCUGCCUCUGAACAUGAGUUUCUCAAUCACUACCUCGCCUGCCUGCUGGUGGUGUCCUCUACUGAGGCCGUCCCUGUGGAGCAGUUCCUCAAGCUGUCCCAGGAGCAGCACAGGGUUCAGCACAGUGGAGACUACACCAACCCCAAGUGGUUCAUCCCAAACACGCUCAAGUACUACGUCCUACUGCAUGAUAUGAGCGAGGGGGACGAACAGAGAGCGGAUUCAGUUUACGAAGAUAUGAAACAGAGGUAUGGUCAUCAGGGCUGCUAUCUGUUGAAAAUGAACUCUCGUACCAUCUCAGCCGAAGAGGAUGAUCAGAUUCCAGACCCCUGGACUCAAUACCUGCAUAGGAACAAUCUGCAGAACCAGGAUGUGCUGGAGGAUGGAGCAUCAGCUGUGAACAGUGCUGCUGUGGAGAACAACAUGAAUGCAGCUGAAGUGGACUCACCAGAGAAAGACGGAGCACCCAGCAGCCUGGAGAGCCACCCUCUGCAGCUGGAUACAGCGAGCAGCCCGGGGAGCCUGCCUCCCCUCACCGCUGCUAACACUGAGCUGAAGAAAGCCGCUCCUGAGGCGGGGGCUGCAGGGAGCCACGGGACGUGUCUGACCCUCAAUGACCACGGCCACAUCAGACAGUUCAUCCAAGAGUUCACCUUCAGGGGCCUGCUGCCUCACAUCGAGAAAAACAUCAGACAGCUCAACGACCAGCUGGUCUCCAGGAAAGGUCUGAGCCGCUCUCUGUUCACUGCCACGAAGAAGUGGUUUGGUGGAGGGAAAGCUCCAGAGAAGAGCAUCAGUGAACCAAAGAGCACAUGCGGCCUUCUAUAUCCCCCAGAAGCCCCGGAGCUGCAGAUCAGGAAGAUGGCCGACCUGUGCUUCCUGGUCCAGCACUAUGAGCUGGCCUACAGCUGUUACCACACUGCCAAGAAAGACUUCCUGUCGGAUCAGGCCAUGCUGUAUGCUGCUGGGGCUCUGGAAAUGGCUGCAGUGUCAGCCUUCCUGCAGGCGGGUGCUCCAAGACCAUAUCCAGCACACUACAUGGACACGGCCAUACAGACGUACAGAGAUGUCUGCAAGAACAUGGUGCUGGCUGAGCGCUGUGCGUUACUCAGCGCAGAGAUACUCAAGAGCCAGGUCAAAUACUCUGAGGCUGCGACUCUCCUCAUUAAGAUGACCAGCGAGGACUCUGACCUGCGCAGCGCUCUGCUGUUGGAACAGGCUGCUCACUGCUUCAUCAACAUGCGUAACCCUAUGGUCCGCAAGUUCGCCUUCCAUAUGAUCCUGGCCGGUCAUCGAUUCAGCAAAGCAGGACAGAGGAGGCACGCACUGCGCUGUUACUGCCAAGCCAUGCAGGUCUACAAGGAGAGGGGCUGGUCUCUGGCGGAGGACCACAUCAACUUCACUAUCGGCCGUCAGUCCUUCACACUCAGCCAACCAGAGAACGCUGUGACGGCCUUCAGACAGAUCCUGACCAAUGACAGCAGGCAGACGGCCACACAGCAGGGCGCCUUCCUCCGGGAAUAUCUCUACGUUUAUAAGAGUGUGAUAGUAGGAAAAGAGGACAGCCUCCCACAGCUGCCUCUGCCGUGCAUCCACAGCUCAGCCACGAGAGUCUACUUCGGACAUGAACGCCGCCUCGCCGAAGGGGAAAAGCAGGCAGCCACUGAUGUGUCCCUGGAUCAGGAGUAUGACCAGGAUCAAGCAUCCAUGUGGGGCCACCUGGAGGAGCAGCUUGUGGCUUCGGCCAACAGGGGGGUCGUCCCCGGAAGUUUCCAGCCCAGCCAGUGCUGCCUGAACAGCCAGACGGACAACCUGCGCUGCCCUCUGGCAGUGGCCGAGGAGCCAAUCGUAGUGGAGGUGACAUUCAGGAACCCUCUGAAGGUUCCUCUGGCUCUGUCCAACCUCUCCCUUCUCUGGAGUUUCACGGCUGAUGGUACAUCUCCAUCCGAGGAGAAGACAGAAGAGGCCAUCACAAAUGAGGAGACCUUCACUCAAGGGAUGAAGCAGAAAGAUGACAUCGCCACCACUGAGAUCAUCCUGGAGUUUCAUAUGGGUCCGGAGGAGACCAAAGUGGCUCGACUCCGGCUGCUGCCACACAGAACUGGGCAGCUGAACAUUGUGGGUCUGGUAUAUAACCUGGCUGCAGCCUCUUCUGGAGAGACGGCUCCCAGCACUGAAGGCCAGCAGACUCUGGACUUGAUGGUGGUCCGUGGCAGACAGGACCUGAAGAUCCAGGGCCCACGAUUGAAUCAGACCAAAGAGGACAAGAUGUUGAUUCGACACGGUCUGGAUCGGCGUCUGGAUCCCAUCAUAACACCACCCAUGCCGCUAAUGGAGGUGUUCUUCCUGCAGUUCCCCACUGCUCUGCUGUCCGGUGAGAUCAGGAAGGCCUACGUAGAGUUCUGUAACGUCAGCGGGGUUGCUCUAACCGGCCUGCGAGUGGCCUCCACACACCCGGAUUUCUUCACCUUUGGCAGCCAGACCACGACGCCCCUCACGCCCGUCAGCCCCACUUCAGCUGAAAACUGCUCUGCCUAUAAAACGCUUGCCACGCCCCGGCAGCCCGGCUCCGUGGCGACUGAGGUGCUGGUCUCAGCAGGGGAUUUCAGCCAGCCGUCCGGGGUGAUGGACAUCCCGAUAGAGGGCAGCACGCUGCAGCCAGGGGAGUCCACCCAGCUGCCCCUGUGGCUCCGAGGACCGGACCAGGAGGGGGUGCAUGAAAUCAACUUCCUCUUCUACUACGAGAGCACGGAGAAGGGAAACAAAAUCAGUCACCGGGUGCUGCGUCACACAGUCUUCAUCUGUGCCAGCCGCUCUCUGAGUGUGCAGGCAUCGGCCUGCCGCAGCAGCGGCCCUCCUCACCACAGCGUGGAGGACCGGGGCAGCGGGGGGACGCUGGUCUUCAUAGAUGUGGAGAACAUCAAUACGAGUGAAGCGGGGGUUCGUGAGUUCCACAUCAUUCAGGUUUCCAGCAGCAGUCAACACUGGCGCCUCCACAAGUGCAUCAACCCAGCCAAGGAUAAAGACUGUAAACUCACCAGCAGAGAAAGAGCCAAGCUGUGUUUCAGAGCCACGCCAUGCAAGCCUCAAGCUACCUCGGGCACUGUACAGAAAUACACGUUUGCAGACCUGAAUCUGGGAAAUGAACGGAUCAUCAGCUCCUCCACACCCUGCGGAGACUUCUUCUUCCGCGGCUGUCGGAGCGCCGAGGUUCAGCCAGUGGAGGCCCCAACAUCCAGGACAACGGCCAGCAGCAGGAGUCAGGUCUGCGUCCCCACUGAGGACAUCGGCAACAUCGUCAAGAAGUGCAAUGAGCUGGAUCUCAACAUCAUCGUCAUCUGGAAGGCCUAUGUGGUCGAGGACAACAAACAGCUGAUCCUAGAGGGACAGCUCCACGUGGCGCUGCAGACCAUCGGCAAAGAGGCCACUUCUCUCACCCCCAAAGAGGAAACUCAGGAGAUGGUGCUGCUCAAGUUUAAACCAGAAGCUCCUCCUCCAGUCAUCCUUCCCGCUGCAGAGCUGUCCCAACUCAUCAAAACCAACCUGCACUACCCCGAGACAUACACACACCCCUUUGUCCAGGACAGCCUCUGUGUGGUGCCCGUCACUCUCACCCUGUCCAACUGCUCCCUGGCCCGGGUGCAGGUCAUCAUUGACCUACGGCACAAAAGCUCCAGCCCUGAGUCAGUGGAGAUCCACAGCUCGUUCACCUGGGUGGGUCAGACCCAGCACCACCUGCAGCUGCAGCCUCAGGAGGUUCUGUGCCUCACCCUGCAAGCGUGCUUCCUGCAGCCCGGGGUCUACAACCUCAACACGCCGCGAGUCUUCGCCAAACUGACGGAUCAGGGCGCCAUGUGUGAGACGAGUCAGCAGACAGCCAGUCCUGCCCUCAUCAUCAUCAACAGCGCCUGAGAGCAGCAACACCACCCGGGACUCCUCUAACACACCAACCACUCUUCUUCUUUGAUUUUGGGCUGCAGGAAGCAUUAAUGUUUAUACCAAUUACUAAAACUGGAAAAUGUGUAUUCAUACCAAACAGGUUCUAGAGCUCUCUGAACUCUUUCACUUGCAUGUUACUGUGUGUGUGCGGGUCUCAUUCACACACAGCUCCAUCCUCUGUGCUCUACUGGCUCCACACUGUGUGGACUAAUGCAACAGACCUACUGCACUCUGGAGAAGCCAUGUGUAAGUGUGCAGGAUAAACUGAGCAGUAGAUUAAAGUCACAUAGUGUGACAUUGUGACAGGAGUGGGACAUCCUGUCUAUUGACCCCCCCCCCCCCCCCCCACCCAUUCUGUACUACCACGAGCACGCAGUGGAUUUUCUACAGUGUGUUCUGCCUCCAUAUUGUGAUCGAGCUCUUAUAUGCAUUGACUUGACAGCUUUUUUUGAAAAUGAUGUAUUAUAUUUAUAUAACAAAUUGGUUGUAAAUAGAAAAUAAAAAUGUAACUAAUGAGACUGUAUGAUCCGUGACAGACUGUAUAGAUUCAGGGUACAGUGCGGUGAUAUUAUGGACAAAUAUAAUUAUUGUGCUCAGUCACAAACAGGGCCUCAGCUCCACCAUGAUCGUGUGCUGUGAGAAUAAAUCUACAAUGAAACACUCACACACACCAAGCUCAUGGGAAUAUUUUUAGAUUUGGCAUAUUUAAAUGUACUGUUAAUACUUUUAGGCCAACAAAAUAAAUAAAUGAGAACUUCA